CCUUCCCACUUACUGCAGCAACAAAAAUCUCUCUUAUUCUUGUACCACUUUCUUCCAGACAACCAUAACUUUAGUUCUCUUCAUUUCAAACCAUAAGCCUAUAUCAAGUCAGCAAAUUCCAAUCCAAAAACACAAGAGAAUCAUAUCUUACCAAUACCAGCAGAUAAUGAAGUGGGGUAGAAGAAAAUCCUCUUCAGUUUCUUCUUCAUCCAAACCAUCCUUUAUCUCUCAUAUAUCUCCCCUUUCAUGGCUGUCGAAGUUCAAGAAGAUGAGAAUCAGCACAGAGCCAGUUCCUGGCAAAUUGAAACAAAAGGGUGUACGGAAUUCUUCAUCGGUUCCUUCACUGCAGUAUACUUGUGGUAACGGUGAUAGGUUUUAUGGUGGGGAUGAUGAAGCGUUUUGGAGACUUUCGUUUGGCGAGGAGAGUCAUGAAGACAAGAAAAGUAAAGAUACUGUGAAAUCAGUAAUGCACAUUAUGGAUAAAGAUGGCAGAUGGAAUGCUGAGAAACAGGAAAGAAGGAGAGAAGGGACUUCAACAUUCAAGGAGGAUCACAGAAAGUUAGACGUUGAAAGUCAUUUGCCAAAUGAUACGAAGUUUUCACCAGAGAUAAAUGAGCACAAUCGAGAAAAGGAAUUCGAAAACUUGAGGAGGAGAUUUGGGAGGAAAACUCGGAGAGUUUUGCAACAGCAAGUCUUAAAAUUAGAAAGAGAAGCAGAGAAUGCAUCAGAUUUAUCAGAAGAGAAAGAGAUGCCACGGCUUGCAUCACCUGGAACAAUUUGGACACCAAGAAGACAAUCUUUUGCCCAUUCAGAAGAUUCUAAGAAGUCAAGCAAUGCACGAACGAAAGAUCAUGCAUUUAAUACUCAGAACCUUCAGAAGCAUAAGAGGCAGAAUUUGCAUCAACCUGAGGAGUUGAAGGCAAAGACUGACAAGAAGAGUCAAGCAUUUCAUGAAAGCAGAGAAGUCCACAGGAGGAAAUCAAAGUACAGCUCUAAGGUUAAAGUAUUUUCUCCAAGGACGAGCUCCAAUGUUGAAAUCUGUAGAAUAAAGGCUAUAGAAGACAUGAGAAAAGCCAAACUAAAGAUGAAGAAGGAAAGGGAGAAAAUCAGGGAGGAAACACAAGACUUAGAUAGCUUUGCUGUGGUAAAGUUUUCUUUGGACCCACAACAGGACUUCAGAGAAUCAAUGGUUGAGAUGAUCAGAGAGAAGCAGAUCAGCCAACCAGAAGACAUGGAAGAGCUUUUAGCAUGUUAUCUGACUUUGAAUUCUGAUGAAUAUCAUGAUCUCAUCAUCAAGGUAUUCCGGCAGGUAUGGUUUGGCAUGCACUUAGAUAGAAAGGGAAUUAAGUUAAACAAGCAGUGCUGCUAUGACUAGAACUUCUUUCUACUUGAUAGAAAACUUGAGCAGAAAUUCAAGUAGUUAAUCUGCAAACUUUUGCUUGUUCCAGUAUUGUUUUACUUUAGUUAAAAGUCCUUCCUUCAAAUUUUUUUUCAUGAAAUUCAAGUUAAGUUGCUUUUAGAUUUCAUUUAAGUUCAUGCUGCAAGCCACUACCGACAAGAGUUAUUUGCAAAGCCGCUAAAUGUAAUCUAGCAGUAGUCAGUCUGAGUAGUUAUCCAGAGAGUGUAGGUUCUAAUAUCCACUCGGUUACACAUACAUACAUUACACAUAUGCAGUUCAUAGUGCAUGUACCCUAGA